GCAUGGGUGUAGGGUGUCUCCCCUACUAUUAAAUAUGCAUGCGGCGUGGGUGCUUUACACGUCUUUACUGCACCCUAUGUCAUCUCUCUUCAUUUCGGAGCUGCGUUUGCAGAGACAGGGAGCAGGCUAGUAUGGAGAGAGAGAGGGUGCGGUGAGGCAGGAGAGUUGCAGAUGGGGAGGAAACUUAGAGAUGAGACUGGGAGGUACCAGAGUCAGGAAAUGAGAACAGCUCCCGCAGCAGGGAGAGAGCUAAGCCCCGAGCUCGCUUUCCCCCAGGUUAGCGCAGCGUAGGGCCCGAGGAGAACUGCUAGGGGAAGCCACCUACCCGAGAGAGAAGCAGACAUAUGCCAGCAACUCCGGGUAACCGCCUCCCGCUCACCUGCAGCUCCCCACCCCGAGGAGCAAACACAGCUGGCCCGGCCGGGUUCGCUCUGCAAAAGCGCAACCCACGGGGAGAGCGGCCCGAGUCGGUCUCGGAGGAGGAAGGCUCUGCCGGCCCCUGGGAGCGAGGAGGGGGCAAAGCCCUGCCGAAGAGCAGCCGGGGGGCUGCUGCGGGGGCUGCCGGCCCAGGGGAGGAAUCGGCCUUUCCUCCAAGGCCCCCCAGGCGCGUCUGCCCGCAGGAACCAGGGAUUCCCCCUUUGCUGCUACUUUGCAACUGUCUCCCCCGCCGGCCAGCCGGGCUGACUCCCCUCCCGGUCCCUCACCAUGUUAGACGGGUUGAAAAUGGAAGAGAAUUUGCAGAACGCGCUGGAGACCUCGGCCCCGUUCUCCUCCUUGCUGGGCAGAGCCGUGAGCCCCAAGUCGGUGUGCGAGGGCUGCCAGAGGGUGAUCUCGGACCGGUUUCUGCUGCGGCUCAAUGACAGCUUGUGGCACGAGCAGUGCGUGCAGUGCGCCUCUUGCAAGGAGCCUCUGGAGACCACCUGCUUCUACCGCGACAAGAAGCUCUACUGCAAGCUCGACUAUGAGAAGCUGUUCGCUGUGAAGUGCGGCGGCUGCUUUGAAGGCAUCGCACCCAGCGAGUUCGUCAUGAGGGCCCAGAAGAGCGUCUACCACCUGAGCUGCUUCUGUUGCUGCGUCUGUGAGAGGCGGCUGCAGAAGGGCGAUGAGUUCGUGCUGAAGGAAGGCCAGCUGUUGUGUAAGAGUGACUAUGAGAAGGAGCGGGAGCUGCUCAGCCUGGUGAGCCCGGCUUUGUCGGAUUCCGGGCGCUUCUCCAAGCACAAGGAAGAGCAGGGAAGAAAAUACCAAGGUGCGGGUUUGAAAAUAUAA